AUGGCGGCCGCGGUGUCGGUGCUAGUGACUCCGGCGACGGGCCAGCCCCUUCGCUUCGCAGGUGCACCACCGAGUGAACAGCUGGUCUUCGGGAGCCACUUGCACUGGCUCCCACCCCGACCGACAAGACGUUCCUGGUGCACGAGCUGCCUGCUGGCCUUCAGAAUGGCUCGCACGGCGCAGCGGUCACAGCGCUUGCGUCAGCUUCCAGUGCGAGACGAGGAUCGGAGUCGCUGCUCUGCAGAAGUGAUGCUGGACUUCGAGCGCAAAGGCUUCCUGAAGAUGCCGCAGAUCUUGGCCUCGGAGGAGGUCGACUUGCUGAGCGAGCUGGUGAGCGCCACCUGCAGCUCUGAAGAGUGUAUGCUCGAGGCACUCCGGCAUCAGAUCAGGGUGCAGUAUGGCGCGGCGAGCGCCACAGCGUGUUCGGAUAUUGAUUCUUGCAGGGCAAAGCUGAGGGACCUUGAGGGACGCGGAGAGAUCAGCUUCCUUCAGUACUUCAACCUGCAUCGCCACAGCGGGGCCUUGCGGGAGCUGGCUUUGUCUCCCCGCUUCGCCUUCUGGGCUUCACGGCUCCUGGGAGUGCCGAGGGUGCGUCUCUAUCAGGACGCGCUCUUCGAGAAGCGCCCAGGUGAUGGGGCGACCGACUGGCAUUCAGAUUUGGGCUUGGCCCCUUUCGAUACCAACAGCUUUGUGACCCUAUGGUUGCCUUUAACAUCCAUUUCGAUGAAGGGCUCGUCCCUGGUAUAUGCCAUCAGCAGCCACAAGGAUUUCGCACUUCCCUUUCUUGGAGAUGUUGACGAAGAUUUGAGUGGCAGGUACAAGCUCCAGCGCACUGGUGGCCUUCUUCCUGGCGAUGCCACUGCGCACCACGGCUGGACGUUGCACAGCGCCGCAGGCAUCGCAAAGACGGCUCCGCCGCGGCUGGCGUGGACCCUGGGCUUCGUGGCCGAUGGAGCUCGGCUCCGGCGCGGUGAGCUGGUGCUUGGCGAGGACGCAGUGUCCUAUGAGGCCUGGGCCAAAGAGCUCGGGCCAGGUGCGCGAGUGGAGCAUCCCAUGGUGCUCUCCACUCGAGCUUUCGCUGAGCUGGAGCUGAUUCUGGCCGAGGACCCUCUGUCUGGCGGGCAGCGGACGGCGCAGGGCGAAGCGGCAUCCGCUAAGCACGGCGAAGCCUCUACGGCCGGUACCGGCACAGCCCGGGCCUGGGCUACGCCGGAGGCCAUCCCACUCAAGGCUGAGGCUCCAGAAGAGGUUCGAGCGGCAUCCCUGGUGGCCCCACGGCUCGAAGACUUCGACGGCCUUUGCUUGAAGCUGCAAACGCUGGAGCUCACCCCAAGCACGGCGCGCAAGAUCAGGGGUGCAGAGUCCAUCUGGCUCCAAUGUGCCCUUGACCUGGGCAGCGGUCAGGAGGACAUCUUGGUCGCCUGCCCGAGCGCUGCAGAUAGCCGGCUCCUUGCCAUUCAGCACACAUCCUUUCACAGCAAGGAAGCGUUGGCCGAGUUUCGAACAUUGGCCAGCCUUCCGUUGCACGUGAAGCUGCUGAUCAAAGGGCCGCGAAAAGGUGCGGCGGCGCACUUGACAAACUCUUCUAACUCCGCGCAGAUGCAAACCAUUGCCCAGGCUGAGCUGCUCUGGUUCGCAGCCCUGCUCGACCCGGGGAGCGCCUGCCCCUUGGUUGCGGAGCUGACGGAGGGAGGAAAGGCCGGGGGAGCCGCCCUUGGCCGCCUGCAGCUCUCGCUGGAGCUGACAAGCAAAGCAGGUGCUCGCAGGCCGGCACCGGCCGAUGAUUGCAGCAUCCAUAUCAGACUUUGGCUUGGCUCUUUCAGCCCCUUGGUGACUCCGAGCUCGGUUUCCGAACUCCGUGCAGUGCUAAAGCUCGGGCAGCAGCAGGAGAUCAGCAUGAGUGUGCAGAAAGAGGCUUUGGGCAUCGGUCGCGAUGUGGUCUUCGGGCAGUCGGUGGUGUCAGCAUCCAGCGUCUGGCAGGUUCAGCGAGAAACUUUCGAUUGCACGGAGCCCUCUCCCGCUUGCAUCUUUGUUCAACUCUGGAGCGGUGCAGAGCUUUGUGGUCUUGCGAAGCUGCUGCUCGAAGCUUUCCAGAAGGAAUCCGCGCAAGAGAUGAUCAGUUUGCAAGGGUACAAGACCAUUUUCGAUGGUGAGCUGGACGUCUCUGCGGUCGUCAACGACACGAGCAUCGGCAAGCUUCAGGUUUGUGCUCAUGCCGGACUGGCGCCGGUUCUGUUGCAACUUUCUCGAGAAGCACCGAAGCUGGAAAUUCACGUCGAUCCUGGGGAUGUCUCUGCAGCCCUGCUGCUGCUAGCCCAUCGGAGCUUUGACUUGAUCGCUGAGGGGCUAACAGCGGCGGUUCCACACCUCGACGGAAAGCGGCUGGCGGAAGCUCUUCAAGAUCUGGAACCGCUCCUGACUUUCACGGAAGCCUCUGCCCUGGUGAACAGCAUCAAGGAGAGAGGAAGUCGUUCCGUCGAAACUUUUCUGGAGCUACUUCGGUCGCGAAUCCUUGCGGUGCAAGAGAGCUUUGACCAAGUGAUUCGUGAAGUUGCGGACGAGUCUGGAAGCUUGGCCUUGGAUUUCCUGGAGGUCGGCAACCCUGCUUGGCUGCAGAGGCAGGAUGUGGCCAGAGCUCUGAAGUUCCGCGGCCUGGAAUUGAGCUGGGGCUGCUUGGAAGGCGUCUUCCUGGCCCUUGGCUGCACCGAGCCUUCCGGCGCCGUUUGCGCGGAGAAGUUCGCUCGGCUCUUCCGGAGCCGAGCGGAGGCCGCCAAGCGGCGGCGGGCCCAACUCUGGCACUUGGAAGCCGAGGCCUUGGCUCGGUUGCGAGGGGUCCCAAAAGGAUCGCGGCAGAGGAUGGAGGAACUUGUGCUGAGGCAUUCCCGGGCAGACGGGACGCUCGAUGCCCUUGGCUUGACGGUGAUGCUUGCAGAGGCUCCGAGUCUGCCACGGACGGAUGUGGAUGAUCUGGUGCAGUUGCUCUUCGAGCGGUUUGGAGUGAAGCCAGGAGGCCGGGUGUCAUCAACCCGCGUGCUGCAGUGGCUUGUUGGCUCCCAGGGGUCACUGGGGCAAUCGUCUCUUCGAGACGUGGACUUGAACUCGGCUUCACAGCCAGCACAGUUGCUGGCCAAGUUGGCCGCAAAAUUACCGGCACAGGUGCCAUUGAAGGCCGAGCCCCAGCCAGAACCUGUGACGUCACCCGUGACCAAGCAGGCCCCUGCAGAGGUUCGCAGGAGCACUGCAGCCGCCGAGGUCGCCGAGGCCGCCGAGGCAACGGUGCAGGCAACGCUGCAACUGGCACGGCCAUUGCGAAGCGGCUUGGAGCACCAGCUCUCGGAGGUUCUCGCCGCAUCCUUGGGUCUGGAAACAGCGAGGCUUCGCAUCCUUGGAGCCGAAGAAGGUGCCUCGCGCAUCUGUCUGCAACUGCGACCCGGGGCCGGGGGCCCCCGCUGCUCGUCGUCCCAAGACGUCCUGGCGAAGCUCGCCAGUCAGCUGGGGGAUCCCGCGUCGAGUCUCGCAGCCAGCUCGCUUGGUGCCUAUUUCUGCUGA